CGCGCGACCCACCCGCCCACCCGCGAGGACGAUUUCCCGUCCCCCACGCGCUCACGCACUCUCGCACCGCGCACGCGUCGCCCCCGCGCGUCCGAUCGGUCGCGAGAGGAGGUAACACCCUCUCGACGAAGCGAAAUCCGCCCCCGCGCGACCCCCGAGCGAUCACUCGUCGCGCGCGGACGCGAACGACGUCAUGACCACCGAGCUCGCGCCGCUUCUGCGGCCGAAAUCCGCCGCCGCGCGCGGACGGGGUUUUUUCACGACGCGCGCGGCGCUGCUCGCGCUCGCGCUCGUCGUCGGCGCGCUGAUCGGCGCGGUCGCGCUCGAACGAGGCGGCGCCACGAUCGGGGAUCGAUCCCCCGCGCUCGGCGAAGCAUCCCUCGAAGAAUCUCAAGUCCCUCUCGGCUCCCUGAACGAUCGCGAAGACGCGACGAGCGACCUCGGUCGGGGCCUUUUUCAUCAUCAUCAUCAUCAUAGGAGACAUCAUUUCAAUCCCUUUGCUGCAAUACAAGCACGUAUCAGAGCAGCAGCAGCAGCGAGAGCAGCAGCAGCAGCGAGAAAAGCCGCGGAACUCAAAGCCGCCGCGGCGAAACACAUGCAAGAUCUGAAAGCUAAAGCCGCGCGCGCGAUGCAAGCGGAGGCGGCGCGCAAGAACGCGGAAAAUGCUCUGCGCGACGCGAACGCCGCGCACGCCAAGGUUGCAGCGGCGGCCAAGGCGGCGGCGGCGAAAGCGAAGGCGGAAAAAGCACGCCUCCAAGCGCGGCACGCGGAGGACAUGAAAGCCGCCGAGGAGGCGAAGAAGGCGGCGGCCGCGAAGGCGGCGGCGGCGAAAGCCAAGCUCGAAGCUGCGAAAAACGAAAAAGCCGCCGUCGAAGCCAAACUGAAAGCCGCGCGAGAAGCCGCGGAGGCGGCGAAAGAGGCGCGGAAAAAGCGCAUCGCCGCGCGCGAGGCUAAGAAUGCAGCAGACAAGGCUGCCGCCGCGGCGGCGCAAGUGAAAGCCCUCGAGGAACAGGCGAAGAAGAUGCAAGCCGAGUUCGAAUCCGCCAAGGCGGAGUACGAGAAGAAGGUGGCGACCGCGCGCGCGGCGCGCCAAGCGGAACGCGAAGAAGAAGCCGCGCGUAGGGCUGCCGCGAUGAAAGCGAGUCGAGAUAAAGCGGACGCCGCGCUCGACGCCGCCGACAGCCUCGUGACGGGCGAAGCGGAGGCGCAAGAAGAAAACCUCGCCUCCGAAGUGUCCGCCGUGACGAGCCAGGCCGGAGAGGUCCAAGAAGCGGCAAACAACAUGAAAGAGUCGUUCGAUUCGAACGCCGCGGCGCUCGACGGGCUGCGCGCGCGAGCGGCGAUCCCCGCGGACGCGCCGGGCGCGGAACAAGCGGAGCAAGCGACCGCCGCCGCGACGGACGCGACCGAGGCCGCGGACGCGAACAACGCGGCCGCGAAGGCGGACGACGCCGCCGCGACCGCGGACGACGCGACCACGACCGCGACCGACGCGACCGCGACCGACGCGACCGACGCGACCGCGACCGACGCGACCGACGCGACCGCGACCGCGACCGCGACCGACGCGACCGCGACCGACGCGACCGCGACCGCGACCGACGCGACCGCGACCGACGCCGCGGCGACGCCCGACGCGGCCGCGGUCCACGAGGAAACCGCGGCACCGUCCGCCGACGAGGUCGUCGAGGCCGCCGCGGCGGACGCCGAUACCGCGGCGGCUGCUGCCGAGCCGGCGUCGGCGGCACCCGCCGCCGCCGCCGAGACCGCGGCUUCGUCCGCGGCGACCGAGUGA